CGCAUCACUACUUGACACUCUGCAGCGCCUUUACCUUUAGCAUAGGCAAGGUCUCCUUGAAAUCUGGUAGCCUUCCUUGAUCAUCCUCUUCUUCUCCUUUAUUGCCGAUCUGAUUCAUCUCACCUCGCUUUGCGAUCUCCUCUCGUCAAUUCCACCUCUCUCCAGCUACCCCCCAACCCUCAAGUAAAAUGGACAUCCCCCUCUCAUCCGACGCCCUCGACCUGGCCCUCCACCCUUCCCCCUCUACCCAUCUCCUCGCCGUCGGACUCAUCUCGGGAAAAGUUCAGCUGCUGGAUUUGGCCAGGUACGAAGAGGAGACACAGCUCGCGAAGGAGUCGCAGUCUGCUCGGAGGAGAAGGGGGAAGAAGAGGAGGGAGGAACCUGAAGAUGAGGACGAAGAGGAGGAGAUUGGAGGCAAGGGGAAGGGGAAGGAGAAGAAGUUAUACGAGAAGAAGUGGACAAAGAGGUACAAUAACAAGAGUUGUAGAGGUGUGGAGUUCAACCAUGAUGGCUCGCAGCUCUGGUCUCUCAGCAAAGACGGAACGUUGUACAGCCUUGAUACUUCAACUUCAUCUGUUGUGCAGGCCUACCCAGGCGCACAUGCCGCUGCACCUUCACGUCUACUGCCUCUGCCAGGUGACCCUAACCUGAUCGUCACUGGCGAUGACGACGGGGUUGUCAGCCUCUGGGACACCCGACUCAAAAGCAGCAGCAGUAGCGGUAGCGGGCCCGCACUCAAGGACGGGUCCGGUAAAGGGGGAAAGUCAAAGCCUGUGCGCUCCUACGACCAUCACUUCGACUGGAUUACCGAUUUCCACUACUCUAAGCAUCUCAUUCCGCCCAAGCUAUCCAAGGAGCAGAAGGCCAAGCUGGAAAAAGAGAAGAAGGAAGCAGAGGAGCGCAAGCGCAAGCGGCGGCUCAAGGCUGGCCGUGGCCGGGAUGGGAGCGAUGCAGACAGUGCAGACGAUACAGAGGAGACAGAGGUGGCUACGCCUGCGAGGGAGAGAUUGGUGUGCACCAGUGGUGAUGGAUCGCUCUCUGUUAUCGACCUCAGAGCGGGAGGCGGCAAGAACAAAACGACGGCUUCUGGUGCUGGGGGACUAGCCUUGCCGCCUGGAGUGGAAGUGAGCGAUGAUCAGGAGGAUGAACUGCUGAGUAUUACCUCGGUGAAAAACGGCACAAAGCUCGUCGUGGGCACUCAGCUCGGUCUCCUCUCCCUCUGGGCCCCCUCCCGCGGUCUGCUAGACCACAUCGACCGCAUCCCCGGACAUCCAGCCUCCAUCGAUACUCUCCUUCCCCUGGACGACUCCACCAUCCUCACAGGCUCCUCUGACGGCCUAAUACGCGUAGUCCAAAUCCUCCCUCAUAAAUUCCUAGGCGUAGUUGCCGAUCAUGGAAUGGGUUUGCCGGUGGAGAGGAUGAAGAGGAAGCCUGGGGGCGGGACGGUCGUUAGUUGUGGACAUGGGGGCGAGGUCAAGGUUACGGAUAUCAGUGGGCUUUUGGAUGGGAGUGAUAGUGAAGAUGAGGAGGAUGAGAGUGAUGAUGAAGGAGAUGGAGAGGGAGUGGGGGUCGGGGAAGAUGCAGAAGCUUUGGCUCGGAGAGUGGGAGGAGGAUCAGACUCGGAUGACGAUGAUGACGACGACGACGACGAAGAGGAAGAGGAGGCAGACGAUCUCAGUCAGGCCAAAGCUGGCGAUGGAGGGGACGUCUCCGAUGCAUCCGACAAUGACGACGACAGCGACAGCGACUCGGACUCGGACUCGGACUCCUCCAACUCUCCGGCACCACCACCACCACCACCACGCAACCUCUCAAGAAAGGAAAAGCAACGUCUCGCCACCCUCUCUGCCGGCGGAACACAGCGCCAGGAGAAGGAAGCCAAUGACUUUUUCGCCGACUUGUGACCGGACGAACGGGCAGUCAGAGUACGAGAGGUCGAUGUCGAUGUCGAUGUCAUGGUCAAGGUUGAGUCGUGUCGGUUCUCCCUUCUGUAUGCUCGUACUCACAAUAUUCGGCAAAAGAUACCUGACCCAUCAUCGAUCAGUGCAAAGUGUUCAUUUCAUUAUGGAGAUUCAUUGCAAAAGGGGCAAUCGACAUACGAGACAGAACUGGAGAGUAGUUACAGUAGCGAGCCAUAGCAUGAGAGUGAGAAACAGUGAAACAGAGAGAGAGGGAGGGAGGUCGUUAAGUAUGCGAUGCGCAUCAAUGAGUAGUGUGCAAGAGAAAUUUGUACCAUGCAAGAAAGGAGAGUCGAGAUCAUUACCAACCCAGCCCUACCGUACCGUACCCUUCCUUCCGUAACUUCACUCGGCCAGAUUUGAUCAGAUUAGAUACCCAGCGCCAUCCUUCCCCCACCCAAUUCCUC